AUGCUCUCCCGUCGUCUCCUCUCUCGCGUCGCCCCCACCCUCAACCGCGCACCAAGACUCCCUCAACGUCUGCCAGCUCUAGCUCUCCGUCGGUAUGCAACGGGAGCAGAACAACACACGAUGACCGUCCGAGAGGCGCUCAACCUUGCCAUGGAGGAAGAGAUGACCCGGGACGAAAACGUCUUCAUCCUUGGCGAGGAGGUCGCUCGCUAUAAUGGUGCCUAUAAGGUCACCAAGGGCCUCAUGGACAAGUUUGGCGAGAGGCGCGUCGUCGACACACCCAUUACUGAGAUGGGUUUCGCUGGCAUCGCUGUCGGUGCUGCCUUGCAGGGUCUUCGACCCAUUUGCGAGUUCAUGACUUUCAACUUCGCAAUGCAGGCCAUUGAUCAGAUUGUCAACUCGGCAGGCAAGACCUAUUACAUGUCUGGCGGCAACGUUCCCUGUCCCGUCGUAUUCCGAGGCCCCAACGGUGCUGCUCUCGGUGUAGCUGCCCAGCAUUCCCAGGACUAUGCCGCUUGGUAUGGUUCUAUCCCUGGAUUGAAGGUCGUCAGCCCAUGGAGUGCCGAAGACUGCAAGGGUCUGCUCAAGUCCGCCAUCCGGGAUCCUAACCCAGUCGUCUUCCUCGAGAACGAAAUGAUGUACGGUGUCUCCUUCCCCGUGUCCCAGGAGGCCCUGUCCACAGAAUUCUUGCUCCCCAUUGGCAAGGCCAAGGUUGAGAGGGAGGGUAGCGAUGUCACCAUUGUCGCUCACUCGAGGUCUGUCACACACAGUAUGGAGGCUGCUGAGGUUCUCGCCAAGGAGGGUAUCAAGGCUGAGGUCAUCAACCUCCGAAGUAUUCGUCCUCUCGAUAUCGACGCCAUCAUCAAGUCGGUUAAGAAGACGAACAGGCUCGUCAUCGUCGAGGGUGGCUUCCCUCAAUUCGGUGUCGGCAGCGAGAUCUGCGCACAGAUUGUCGAGAGCGAGGCCUUCGAUUAUCUUGACGCUCCCGUGGAGCGAGUUACUGGUGCUGACGUUCCCACACCGUACGCCGCCAACUUGGAAGCUCUUUCCUUCCCCGAUACGCCCUUGGUCGUGAAGGUCGCAAAACGUGCUCUCUACCGCACGAACUGA